AUGAACAAGGCUGAAGAAGGCUCUUCGGAAAAUAGAUUGAAGGAGAACGUUGAGACAAAAAGCAAGCACAACAACAACAAUAAUGACGACAACAGCCAAGCAUCUCUUGACUGUUGGGACGACUUUAACAGAAAGUGUGAUUUGUACGGACCCUUCCUUAAAUGGGACAGUCGAGUCCGUGAACAGAUGAGGAAAGACGAGGAUGAGAGAAAGAAGAAAGAGGAAGAUGAUAAGAAGAGAAUGAUGAUUAUGAAUAAAGAUGAUGAUAUGAAUGAUAUUAAAAACAAAAAUCAAAAAAAUCAAAAAAAGACAAAAAAGACAAAAAAGACAAAAAAGACAAAAAAAUCAAAAAAGAAUAAAGAAAAGAAGAAAGAUGAUGAUGAGAAGGUGGAAGUUGAAAAGAACGAGAAAGAGAAUGAAAUUGCAGAGUGCCAGCCUUCGGUCUCUAGCGCCGCCUCUGGCAGUGGCGCUUCUCCUGCUGACAGUGACUCAAAUGACACUGAGCGUGCCCGUGACGGGCCUGUACCCACGGAUGUACCCACGGAUCCACCUGAUGAUGGUUUCGUUGGUCCCCCCGACGAUGAUUAUACGGGUGAAGAUAGUAAGAAUGAUGAUGUAAGAACCUUGAAUCAAAUUGGCUCUUUUGGUGAUAACCAGCGAAACAAUUCAUCUGGCGCUUGUGGUGAGCAUCAAUUUAAUAAGACAGAAUGUCAAACCUCCUCUGACGCUUGUGGUGAGCAUCAGUUGAGUGAGACGGAAUGUCCAACAAACCAUUCAAGCGCUUGUGACGAGAAUCAACUGAACAAAGCAAAAUGUGGGACGACCUCUUCUGGCGCUUGUGGUGAGUGCCAGAUGGAGCACGCUGAUGAAGAAACCUUGAAAGGUGCAAAUGGCGUUUGUGGUGAACGCCAAAUGAACCAAACAAGGGGACAACAGCAGCAAUUUCUCCCUUCUUCUCGUAACGGUCAAUCGAUCCAAGAAGACUAUCCCGAUUCCAGCCGUCCUAUCGACUUAGAAGCAGCAGCAGAUUAUCGCGGGGAAUCUAGAGAGUGGACAGAAGAAGAGUAUGACGAUGCAUACAGCCGGACAUAUUCUCCAUAUCAUCCAUAUACUCCUGCCCUCUGGGAAGUAGAGUUACAGGUAUGGGGAACACUUUCGAUGAAUACCAGGAAUAUAGCAAAGUCAGUCUACAUGCACUCUGAUUUGUUUCAAGAGAUUUCAGAGACCGCCAAAAAGCAUCGAAAAUGGCACAGAUCGCAUCCUCGUUUGAACCCUGAAUUAGUGGCUAUUCCUCCAAGCAUCAAGCUACAGGAAGAAAAGAGGCACAAGAGUCAUCAAGGUAAGAAGCAUUGGCAUCGGAUCUGUUCGUGGAUCAAGAGGCACACAAAAAAGAUCAACCCUUCUCAUAAGCAACCAGAGCAACUGGAGCCUCCAAAGCCAACGGAGCCUCCAAAGCCAACGGAGCCUCCAAAGCCAACGGAGCUGUCAGUUGAGACAAUCAGGUCAAGCGAAUCCCUGCAGAGAUGCAGCCUCCCAAGUAUCCAAUUCUCAGAUUACUUGGAGGAUCACGUUUACUAUUACAGUGAACAAUCUGUGAGGGAAUUCAAGCUGAGCAUAGAUCCACUGUUAUUUAAGGAUCCAUUGCCAGAGAGUCCAUUGCCAGAGAGUAUAUUAUCUGAAGAAACUCAUCUAAAGCUUGAACCAUCAAUAAAGAAAAGAAAGCACCGAUUCAGACGCAUCUUCAGCAAGAUCAAACAAAUACACCUUCAUCGAAAGAGGGGAGAGCCGGAAGUUGAGCCAGAAGUUAAGCUGGAAGUUGAGCCAGAAGUAGAGCCAGAAGUAGAGUCACAGGCCGAGUCACAGGUCGAAUCACAGGUCGAAUCACAGGUCGAAUCACAGGUCGAAUCACAGCCUGAUCGAUGGACCCAGCCUCCCUCCCUCAAAUCAUGCCUAAAGAAUAAAGUCAACAUAAAUGCAUCGAUUGAAGCAGAAAGAGCUGCGAUCUUAGAUCGAGUUGAUGUAUCUCAACAAGAGGAGCUUCAAAAAAGCAUCUCAUCAUUGGCGAUAUUGUGCUCGCGAAGCCAUAACAGUGUACAAAAAGCAACAGGUCCGCCAUUUUUACAGCCAUUUCCCCAGCGUGGAAGGCCGGUGGAUAUUUUGAGACCACCCCCCAAAAAAAAUAAUAAAAAAAAAAAAAAAAAAAAUCCGAGAGCUUUCUGCUUCUGGCAAUUUGCCAGAUCAGAAGGAGUUAGGAACACACCCAUACUUUUAAGCUUGUUUGAUAGCUGCUAUAUAUUUAGGUUUUUAUAUCUCCCUUGA